AAAUGCGAGCAACUUUAAUGUGGACUAUAAAUGAUUUUCCAGCAUAUGGUAAUCUAUCUGGAUGGUGUACUCAUGGUCAAUUUGCCUGCCCUUGUUAUAACAUAGAGACUCAUUCUAGAAGGCUCAAACAUGGUAGAAAAUUUUGCUUCAUGGGCCAUCGACGUUUCUUGAAGCCGAGUCACAAAUAUCGAAAUGAUGCAAAAUCAUUUGAUGGGACUAAAGAAUCAAGAUCUGCACCUCGUCCAUUAUCUGGGUCACUAGUUCUAAAUCAAGUUAGAGGCAUAAAGUUUACUCUCGGGCAAUCAUCUGAUGAGGUAAGCGGGGUUAGGAAAAACACAUGGAAAAAGAGGAGCAUUUUCUUCAAUCUUCCUUAUUGGGAGUAUAACUUGGUGCGUCAUAAUCUUGAUGUGAUGCACAUAGAAAAAAAUGUGUGUGAUAACUUGAUUUAUACAUUAUUGGGUCAUGGUAAAAAGUCAAAAGACAACUUAGAAGCUCGAUUAGACUUGAAGGAUAUGAAAAUAAGACCCAGCUUGUGGCCUCAGCGUCGAGCAAGUGGGAGGAAAUAUCUUCCACCUACUUUUUUUACAAUGUCUCCGGCAGAAAAGGAGUUGUUUUAUGAAGUACUACAAAAUGCCAAGUUUCCCCAUGGCUAUGCUUCUAAUAUCGCUCAUUGCAUUCGCAAACGAAACAUAUCAGGGCUAAAAACGAAACUUCUUCCUCUUGCAUUGCGACGUUCAACAGAUAAAAAGGUGAGUUCUGUUAUAAUUGAACUAUGCACAGUAUUUCGAGUUCUUUGUGGCAAAGCGCUUAAAACAGAAGAGUUACAAUUACUUGAAGAAAAAAUUGCCUUAACACAUUCUAAUAUGGAGAAAAUAUUCCUCCCAUCAUUCUUUACUGUUAUGGUACACUUGGUUAUUCACUUGGCAACUGAGGCUAAAAUUGCGGGGCCAGUACAUCAUCGCUGGAUGUACCCAAUUGAGAGGUACUUGGGUAUUUUGAAAUCAUAUGUUCGUAAUCGGGCAUGCCCAGAAGGUUCAAUAGCAGAAGCAUACAUCGCAAAUGAGUGUUUGACAUUUUGCGCACGAUAUUUGGAAGGUGGUGAUUCAAGGUCUUAUUGGUCGAGAAAAAGUGAUGAUGAGAUUGAGAAUCUGACUGAUAGAGAAGGAUGUCUUUUUCCUUCUGUUGGGGAGCCUUCUGGCGUGAUAGAUGUAUUUGACUUGGAUGAUAAAACAUGGUUGCAAGCACAUCGACAUGUCCUUUUCAAUUGCGAAUCAGAGGUGGUUGAGAAUUAUAAAAAUGAACAUAUUGCUGAAAUCAAGAGAUUAUAUCGUAAGCGUCGUCUUAGACCUCAUCAACUUGAGCGUUUGCAUUUUGAUACGUUUCAUGAGUGGUUUAAGGAGCAGGUGAAGGAGUUGGAGAACACAUCUAACAUCCCAAAGGAUGUUCUAUUCCUUGCAAAAAGGCCAGCUUACAUUGCAAGAAGAUUCAAUGAGUUCAAUAUAAAUAAUGGCUACCGAUUUCGAACAAAACAAUGUGAGGAGUUCAUGAAGACACAAAAUAGUGGUGUUAUGGUUGUUUCAAAGACUGAAAGUUAUGCAAGUACAAGUGACAAUGCUCCGAAGUCUGCCAAUAUCACCUAUUAUGGUCGAUUGAAUGAUAUUGUGGAGUUAAAUUACUAUGAAGAAUUUAAAGUUGUCUUAUUUAAGUGUGAUUGGGUUGAUGUAACCAAAGGUAGAGGAGUUAAGGAAGAUGAAUUAGGUUUCACACUUGUGAACUUCUCACACCUUAUAGACUCUGGCAAUCGAGGAAGUGAUGAGCCUUUUAUUUUUGCAAACCAAGCUCAACAAGUAAUAUUUGUGCAAGAUCCUAAAGAUCGUGAAUGGUUUGUACCUAGGCCAAUUAAACCUCGAGACAUUUUUGAUAUGGGAGAGGAAAAUAGUAUGCAGUUUGAGUCAUCAAUGCAAAGUGAUGCCACUGACUUAAUAAUAUUAGAAAAUGUUUGUGAUACAGAAUAUGAGUGUAACGAUUGGGUAAGAAGCGAUGUUGAUGGGAUAGAAAUUGAUGUGCCACAUUCUCAAACUCCUCCAAAUAAAGGUGAAGCAGAUGUUGAUGGAGGAAAUGACAUUGAAGAUGAAAGUGAUAAUGAAUAAAAUGGGUGCUAGUUAUAAAAUAUUUAAUUCUUUUUAGUUUUAUUGAAUUAGUUAUAGGGAUGUGGUAUUUAUUUGAUUUUGAACAGUGAAUAAGAUAUAAUUUUUAUUGUUAAUUAAAGUCACAUAUUAGAGAACAUGCAUAUUAGUCAACUACGAAUUAUCAUAUAUGUAUUAGUGGUUUAUCCAAUAUUUGAGUGAAUUCUCUAUGCGUGUUUUUACUUAUAUUUUGUUGAUGUUGCCUUUGGAUUUUGAGAUACUGAUAUGAUCUUAUCAUCGGAUAGUAAUUUUGUUUUCUAGUGCGUAAAUAUCUCAUAACUUGUGAAGUAUCUUUGUAGCAAGGCUUUAAGUAAUUAGUUCAAUUUUGAGGUGGACCAAUGCGAACUAGAGCUGGAAGCAGAUUUGAAACUGAACAACAAGAUGAUGAAGUUGUACGACCUUAUAUGGAGCAAUUGAUGAAUGGUCAAGACUACUCUCAAGCUGAAACACAUGAUGGUCAAUCUAAUGAAUUGAGAAUAACUGACACUGAGGAGCAACAAAAUGAUGAAUCAGAUACUUCGGAAAAAAAGAAGGUUCGUGGGCCCACAUUACUAAAAGAAAUUUGGAAGUUGCCUCCAGGGAAAACAAUCGCUGUGCAGUUCAAUAGUCGUAACCAAGCCAUUAAGAAAGAUGGUCGCAAGCUUGCGAGCUUUCUAGGAUUUGUUGCUAGAACUCCAGAACUAACGCCGUUACAUAUACAUGAUUGGAGAAGCUUUGACAAAGACGAAAAGAAGAAAUUGGUAGAGUUUGUGAGAAAGAAGUUUUCUAUACCAACCCGUGGAGAAGAGUUUGUCAUAAAGUCAAUAGGAAAGAAAUGGAAAGAUUACAAAUGUGAUUUAAAAAGUGUUUAUCUGACAAAAUUUAAGACCAAAGAUGUGUUGUUGAAGAAUAAACUGAAUCGUAUACCAAGGGAUCAGUGGACUGGUCUAGUUUCCUAUUGGGUUUCAGAAAAAGCUAAGAGGCGCAGCCAAACAAACAGAAACAAUAGGGCGAAGCAAAAGAUGCCACACACAGGAGGAUCAAAAAGUAUUGCCACCUUGAUGGAGAAGG